AUCAAUAAGAUAAUCCAAGCUUGAUUAUUACUUGUAUCAUAAUAAAUAAUACAAAGUAUGUACAUGAUAACAAUCCAUCUUAUUUUGACCAAGAUUAUCUUAUUAUUAUCACUUUGAAAAAACUCUCUUGUAAAAUUGGUCAUUAAUCAGCUGAAUUAAAAACGUGAAGAAAUUUAGAAAAAAAUUAACGAAGAAAAGCAAAAUGGCAAUGGUAGGAGGUGUUUCAGAGAAUAAGGGUUCAGAGAACAGCUUGGAGAUCAAUGAACUUGCCAAAUUUGUUGUUGAUGAGCACAACAAGAAACAGAAUUCAAUGCUGGAGUUCCAAAAGGUUGUAAAUGUGAAGGAGCAAGUAGUAGCUGGUACGUUGUAUUACAUUACUUUGGAGGCAAAUGAUGCAGGAAACAACAAUGAUAUUCAGUACUAUGAAGCUAAAAUUUGGGUUAAACCAUGGUUGAACUUUAAGGAGUUGCAAGAUUUCAAGUUUCUUGGGGGUACUCUGCCUAUAGAUGGCUGUUGAAGAAUGAAGCUGUUCAUGACUUGAUUCAGGACAGCUAAACAGCCUGAACUUCUGAAGACCUGAACAUCUGAUUAUCAAAUAUGU